ACAUCUCUCGUGCUUUCCUGUGCAGAAACCAUCGAUUAUUAUGGGGAAAUCUGUGACAAUGCAUGUCCUUGUGAGGAAAAGGACGGCAUUUUAACUGUGAGCUGUGAAAACCGGGGGAUCAUCAGUCUCUCUGAAAUUAGCCCUCCCCGUUUCCCUGUCUAUCACCUCUUGUUGUCUGGGAACCUUCUGAACCGUCUCUAUCCCAAUGAGUUUGUCAAUUACACUGGGGCUUCAAUUUUACAUCUGGGAAGCAAUGUUAUCCAAGAGAUCGAGACUGGGGCUUUCCAUGGGCUGCGGGGUUUGAGGCGACUACAUCUAAACAAUAACAAACUGGAACUUCUUCGAGAUGACACCUUCCUCGGCUUGGAGAACUUAGAAUACCUGCAGGUCGAUUACAAUUACAUCAGUGUCAUUGAACCCAAUGCUUUUGGAAAACUGCAUAUGUUGCAGGUGCUUAUCCUCAAUGACAAUCUCUUGUCAGGUUUACCCAACAAUCUUUUCCGUUUUGUGCCAUUAACGCACUUGGACUUGCGGGGGAACAGACUGAAACUUCUGCCCUAUGCAGGGUUGUUGCAACACAUGGAUAAGGUUGUGGAAUUACAGCUGGAGGAAAAUCCCUGGAAUUGUUCCUGUGAACUGAUUUCUCUCAAGGAUUGGUUAGACAGCAUCUCCUAUUCAGCCCUUGUGGGUGAUGUGGUCUGUGAGACCCCCUUCCGUUUACACGGAAGGGACUUGGAUGAGGUAUCCAAGCAGGAACUUUGUCCAAGGAAACUUAUUUCUGACUAUGAGAUGAGGCCACAGACUCCUUUAAGCACCACGGGAUAUUUACAUACCACCCCAGCCUCUGUGAAUUCUGUGGCCACUUCUUCCUCUGCUGUUUACAAGCCCCCCUUGAAGCCUCCUAAGGGGACCCGCCAGCCCAACAAACCCAGAGUGCGCCCCACCUCUAGGCAACCCUCUAAAGACUUGGGCUACAGUAACUAUGGCCCCAGCAUAGCCUACCAGACCAAAUCCCCGGUGCCUUUGGAGUGUCCUACAGCGUGCACUUGCAACCUUCAGAUCUCUGAUCUGGGCCUCAAUGUCAACUGCCAGGAGCGCAAGAUCGAGAGCAUCGCCGAGCUGCAGCCCAAGCCCUACAAUCCCAAGAAAAUGUACCUAACAGAGAACUACAUCACUCUUGUGCGCAGAACAGACUUCCUGGAAGCCACGGGACUGGACCUCCUGCACCUGGGUAACAACCGCAUCUCCAUGAUCCAGGACCGGGCCUUUGGGGAUCUCAGCAACCUGAGACGUCUCUACCUGAAUGGCAACAGGAUUGAGAGGCUGAGUCCAGAGUUAUUUUACGGCCUGCAGAGCCUGCAGUAUCUCUUCCUCCAGUACAAUCUCAUCCGCGAGAUCCAGUCUGGGACUUUCGAUCCAGUCCCAAACCUCCAGCUGCUGUUCUUGAACAACAACCAACUGCAGGCCAUGCCUUCAGGAGUCUUCUCUGGCCUCACUCUUCUCAGGCUAAACCUGAGGAGCAACAGCUUCGCCUCCUUGCCAGUGAGUGGAGUGUUGGAUCAGCUGACGUCCCUCAUCCAAAUCGAUCUACAUGACAACCCUUGGGAUUGUACCUGCGAUGUGGUGGGCAUGAAACUGUGGAUUGAGCAACUCAAAGUGGGUGUGUUAGUGGACGAAGUGAUCUGUAAGGCGCCCAAGAAAUUUGCAGAGACCUACAUGCGCUCCAUCAAGUCGGAACUGCUAUGUCCGGACUAUUCUGAUGUAGUGGUUUCCACGCCCACACCCUCUUCCAUCCAGGUGCCAUCCAGGACCCAUGCAGCCACGCCAGCUGUGCGGUUGAACAGCACUGGGGCCCCCGCGGGCUUGGGUGCCGGCGCCGGGGCUUCUUCGGUGCCUUUAUCGGUGUUGAUCCUCAGCCUGCUGUUGGUUUUCAUCAUGUCGGUCUUUGUGGCAGCAGGCCUUUUCGUGCUGGUCAUGAAGCGUAGGAAGAAGAACCAGAGCGACCACGCCAGUACCAACAACUCCGACGUGAGCUCUUUCAACAUGCAGUACAGCGUGUAUGGGGGUGCGGGCGGCGGCGGGGGUGGCCACCCGCACGCCCACGUGCACCACCGCGGACCAGCAUUGCCCAAGGUGAAGACUCCCGCGGGCCACGUGUAUGAAUACAUCCCUCACCCGCUGGGCCACAUGUGCAAAAACCCCAUCUACCGGUCUCGAGAAGGCAACUCCGUGGAGGAUUACAAAGACCUGCACGAGCUCAAGGUCACCUACAGCAGCAACCAUCACCUGCAGCAGCAGCAGCCGCCGCCGCCGCCUCAGCAGCCCCAGCAGCAGCCCCCUCCGCAGCCCCAGCUGCAGCCUGGGGAGGAGGAGAGGAGGGAAAGCCACCACUUGCAGAUCACCGCCUACAGCGUCAGCACCAUCGAGCCCCGGGAGGACCUACUGUCGCCGGUGCAGGACGCUGACCGCUUUUACAGGGGCAUUUUAGAGCCAGACAAACACUGCUCCACUAGCCCUGCCGGCAGCAGCCUCCCGGAAUACCCCAAGUUCCCUUGCAGCUCGGCUGCUUACACUUUUUCCCCAAACUAUGACCUGCGACGCCCCCAUCAGUAUUUGCACCCGGGGGCAGGGGACAGCAGGCUGCGGGAACCGGUGCUCUACAGCCCUCCCGGUGCUGUCUUUGUAGAACCGAACCGGAAUGAGUAUCUGGAGUUAAAAGCAAAACUAAAUGUUGAGCCGGACUACCUCGAAGUGCUGGAAAAACAGACCACAUUCAGUCAGUUCUGAAAACAAAGAAACUCCCUUGGAGCUUUUUUGCGUUUAAAACAAACAAGCAAGCAGACACACUCAGUGACCACGUUUGAUUUAAUUGUGUCGUUUCAACAUUUAGGGUGAAGUGCCUUGGCACGGGGUUCUCAGCUUCGGUGAAAGCUAACUGAAAGGGUGUGCAAUUUCCUUUUACUUUUACACGUGGGAAACGUUUAUGUAAACUAGGCACAUCACUUUCUUUCUCUUCUUGUCUGUGGGGGAAGAGAGAAGGGCUUUUUGGAGGGCGAUUUGCAUCAAGGGCGACCUUAAGCAAGUUGUGGCCCCUUUUGCAGUGCUCCGAAGUGCUGAGAAGGGUGGGGGCGGACGCAGCUUAGAUUCCACUCAUCCUUUUUGCCCCUCUUCUCAUAUCCUUCUUGUCCUAAGAGCCAUGGCAUUGGUUGAGAGAUUAGCACACCCCAACUUUAAUAGGAAGUCUGUUCUCUCUCACUUCUCCCCCUCCCCUCCCACCUACCUUCGUAAUCCUAAUCCUGUCCUUUGUUUUUAAAGGAUGUGUUUGUAUGCAUUCUGGACAUUUGAAUUAAAACAAAACAAAUCUUGUGAUCCAGAAAGGCUCACUAUAGAUGUGGACAAAUCAUUGAAAUUACAGAGCUAUAUGAUCCAUAAUUGAUUAGUCAAAAUAACUUAUUGAUGAAAUAUACAAAUAUUUUAUUGUAGCACCUAUUUUUAUAUGCGCAUUUAGCAUUCCUCUUUCCUUCACUAGUUAGCCUAUGAUUUUCACAGAGGCGUUGUUGCACUGUACAAGGAGCUGCAUUUCCAAAUCUAGAGUGAGAUCAGAAAGGCCUAUUAAAUAGUUAAAGACAUGGAGCACUUAAUGGCAAAAGUCUUUAAAAGUCCAUGAAACCCAUCCAAUGGGACUUGCGAUUAAAAAGAAAAAGAAAAAAAAAAAAAACUAAACUAAAAACUGAAGCUGUUUGUAACCCACUGUAUAAAAGGGAGAAGAUGGCGCAAAUAAUUGGAUUGUUUGAUUGAGAAAUGUGUGGAAGUUUUUGGUUAUAACAGAGAAGGCUGAAAAUUAUUUUUAUUAGUGAACCAAAAUGAUGUAUUGAUUUGACUACUAUUGUAGCCGAUUUUUGAUUGUGUAACCAAACCCAGUUGCAUUUGUACAGUUCCUCGUGCCCUUGCACCUCAGAAGACCAAAUGACGGGCUGUACAAGUCUAUGUACGAUGUCUUUAUUCCUCUGGGCAGAUGCUGGUGACAAACAGGAUCUCUGUAAGAUGGAACUACUAUUGUUACAGUCUCAUAUGUAUCCCAGCACAUGUAAUUUUUUAAAUAGUUUCUGAAUAAACACUUGAUAACUAUGUCAACUUUGAGGGAUGUAAGUAAUGAUUCUGGGAGAUGGUGGAACCUCCUUAUUAAGAAUUUAGGAACCAGUAGCUAUUUUCCUCCUAGUAAGACUAAGUUUCUCCAUAUAUAAAAAUUUCAAUGUAUGUCCAUUUAUGCAUACACAUACAUAAAGUUGAUUCCUUUGUUGGUUCAGAUAAGUUUUUUUUCCUGAAUGUGUCACUUAAUAUAUUUAAUAAUGGCAUUUUAAUUAUGGGUUUCCUCACUGGAGUGUUAUUCUAAUACAUGGAUCAUGGUAAGUAAUAUGUUACGUUUUUCUUUCUCUUGUAGAGUUUUAUAUUUUGCCAUAUCCAAGCUACUUAUACAGCCUGAGUUCUUCUUAUUUUAAUUUGUAUAAAAUAGUUCAUCAGUUCUGACAGAUACCUUGUCUAAAGUUGAUAGAUGCCAUAAAUGUUUGGGAUAUUUGUGGGUAUAAACUGUUCACUUCUGAGUAAGGCUUGCCCGUGAAUUUAGAUGAGCAUUUAAUGGGUGAAAAUAGUAGACCCCAUAUGACAAUCAAAAACCCAAGCACUUCAUCGAUACUGCUGCUCCUCUGUCUGUUCUCACCUAGAAUGUGGACAAUAUCAAGGGCUGUUUAUGAACUUCCUGUUUAAGGAACAAUUGCCAUGGCAUUCUGCCACAAAGAGGCAGCAUUCACCCAUGUGUAAAUUGACAGUGACUACUUGAACUCAGAUUGAAAUGGUAGACACGGUUUCCCUAAAGACGUACAAAAAGUCACAUUGUUAUAAUGCCACUUUGACCAAGAGCAGAAAGCUAUUCACUCUUCAUAUUUGCUCUCCCAAGUAUUUUUUCCAAAGGGGAAAAAGAAUAAGCUUAGUAGUACCACAUAGUAACAGGAAAAUAAAACCUAUAUCAGAUUCCUGUCUACCUCCUCUAUCUUAGAUCCAUUGAUUAUAAACAAGCAAAAAAAAAAGAGCAUUAUUUCACAAUGGUGUUGUUGCUAAUAUUUCUUUACAUAAUGUGUGAUUUAUUUCUUUGAAAGUGCUCCUCUAAUUUUCACAGUAUUAUUGCAUUCAAAUACAAUAGUAUUUUAUAAAUUGUAAAAUACUAAUGCCAUAAGAACCCUCUGUGUAAUGAAGCUUUAUAUAUUAAAAUAAUAAUUACUCAACAUCAAGGCAUAUUGCUGAACAACAAAACUAAUAGUUCCAAAGAAAAUUCAUUGACAUAUCUUCAAAUAUUUUUUCUAAUCAGCACUAAUUUGUGUGAUCUCAUAUGAUAAUUCCCUCUGUUGUCCUCUUUCUAUAAUAUAACCUGGGGUUUUUAGUCAGGAAAACUGACCAUUAUAUCCAUAAAUAACAAAGGGUAAUUUAAAAUCUUUCAAAAUUCCUCAACUAAGACAUUAAAUUUAUCUUCAUUUUGGUAAUUUUGAAAAAAUACUGUUUCAGAACCAUUUUGCAUAGGAUGUGUAAUAAAUUAUCUUUCUUCUUAUGUUUGUUUCAAACUAAUACAUUUUUGUGCACAAUACAAGCUUAGAGGCACAUGUUCAUAUUUUGCUUUUGCUGUUUUAUCUUCAUCUUGGUCAGUUAUCAGACCACGUAUGCAGUGGUGUGUGAUGGAUGCAGAGCUCAGCAGAUUAUCCUCAUUAAAUUUUUGGAGACCAGCAUGUAACAUUUCAGUCCCUGAGUAAAGUUUGGAUGCAAACUAGGA